GAGCGACAUCCCAAACAUAAAACUAGAAAUAUUUAUAUAAAAUAUUUUUUCGAAAUUUCUAUAAAAGCUUCAUUUCUCUACCAAAAAAAAUUAAAUUAUCUCUCUGUAUUUCCUCAAAAUCUGCUGAAAAACUUUUGCUAACCGGUAACGUAAAAGAAAAGGAAUAAAUUAUUUUAAAACGACAAGGCUGUUAAAUCGUGUUUGUUUGUUCGUCUGCGUUUUGAGAUGGUGGAGAUGGUGGAUGAUAAUGAGAGUAACUGCGGAACGACGUCGUCUACGUCCUCAUCGCCGACGCGGCCGUCGUCAGCGUCGCAGUCAGUUAGUGGACGGAAACAGCGGCAGAAGCUGGAGGUUUACAAUGAGGUGCUCCGGCGACUCAAGGAUUCCGAUAAUGAAGAGGCGAAUCAGCCUGGUUUUGACGAUCAACUCUGGUCUCACUUUCAUCGUCUUCCUACUCGAUAUGCAUUGGAUGUGAAUGUGGAGAGAGCAGAAGAUGUACUAAUGCACAGGAGAUUACUGCAGUUAGCUCAGGAUCAUCCCAAUGAUAGACCUGCCAUUGAAAUUCACCUUGUUCAGGUUCAACCAUUGUCUGAUGAGAAUUCUGCUGAUUAUAAUCUUUCAGGAUCCCCUCUUAAUGGAGCUACCCAAAAUAGUAGAAAGAGCAUACAUCCACCACCAGCAUUUGGUUCGUCGCCUAACCUUGAAGCACUUGCACUUGAAGCAAAUAAUUCUGAAAAUGAAGAUGGUGAUAAUUCUGUACAUGCAAAUUCAAAGUUCUCUAGGCCCAUGCAUGAAAUAACUUUUUCAACAGAUGACAAGCCAAAACUUCUUAGUCAGUUAACUUCCUUGCUUGCUGAAGUUGGAUUGAACAUCCAAGAAGCACAUGCUUUUUCCACAGUUGAUGGCUACUCCUUGGAUGUCUUUGUUGUUGAUGGUUGGCCGUACGAGGUAGAAACAGAGCAGCUUAGAAUUUCAUUGGAAAAAGAACUAUGUAAACUGGAGCAGAAACAGACUUGGCCUGCACAAUCAUUGUCCCCCCAAAGUGAGCGGAAAGAAACUAAGAUUAAAUGCGAACCUGAUCAUGUGGCAAUACCUAAUGAUGGGACCGAUGUCUGGGAAGUCGAUCCUAAGAACCUAAAGUUUGAGAACAAAGUUGCAUCCGGAUCAUAUGGUGAUUUGUAUAAAGGUACUUACUGUAGUCAGGAAGUGGCUAUCAAAAUUCUCAAGCCUGAGCGUAUAAAUUCAGAUUUGGAGAAAGAGUUUGCUCAAGAAGUCUACAUAAUGAGGAAGGUUAGACAUAAGAAUGUUGUACAAUUCAUAGGUGCAUGUACCAAGCCCCCAAAUUUGUGCAUUGUAACAGAAUUUAUGUCUGGUGGAAGUGUGUAUGAUUACCUACACAAACAGAAGGGUGUUUUUAAGUUCCCAUCCCUGCUAAAAGUAGCAAUUGAUGUUUCUAAAGGAAUGAACUACCUGCACCAAAAUAGUAUAAUCCACAGGGAUUUGAAGGCUGCCAAUCUUCUCAUGGAUGAAAAUGAAGUGGUUAAGGUUGCUGAUUUUGGAGUUGCCAGAGUGAAGGCACAAACUGGAGUUAUGACAGCUGAAACUGGGACCUAUAGAUGGAUGGCUCCUGAGGUCAUUGAACACAAGCCAUAUGAUCACAAAGCUGAUGUUUUCAGUUUCGCAGUCGUGGUAUGGGAGUUAUUGACCGGAAAGCUUCCAUACGAGUACUUAACCCCAUUGCAAGCAGCUGUUGGUGUGGUUCAAAAGGGUCUACGGCCUACAAUUCCAAAGCACACUCAUCCAAAGCUGGCCGAGUUGCUUGAGAAAUGCUGGCAGCAAGAUCCAGCACUACGACCCGACUUCUCUGAGAUUAUAGCAACUCUGCAGCCAAUUGCAAAAGAGGUGGCAGAUGAAGGUGAAGGGCGGAAGGAGAAAUCGUCUGGGGGAUUCCUAUCUGUUCUUAGAAGAGGGCACCACUUCUGAACUCGACGAUACUACGAGAUACAAAGAUGUCCAUAUAUAAUCUGAUGAAAAUAGGGUUAAAACUGCUGUAAAAUGCCUUUUAUCCAGCUCCUAGUCAUACUGUACAGUAUUUAAUCGGCUUGAUAAAAUGUUCUUUAUUCUUUUUCUUUCACUCCUUGUGGUUCUGCUUCUUCAAAAAAAUUAUUUAGGACUAAAUGAUUCUGUUUGUUUUACACACAUUUUCAGUUUUGUUUGAUCACAGCAUAAAUCUGUGAGGAAUGUGGUGAAUACCAGCUCUGUAAGACUGCAAUUGACCAUAUGUCUAGCGGCUUUGUAAUGAAAAAACAAAUAAUUGAGAAUGUCGUGAACAUUUUAUUGUC